AGAUUUUUCAAAAUGAGAAUAGUUUCGGAGUUUAAAACGGGAAAACAUUUCUUGUAUGGUAGUGUAUUCCGACUGCAGUGUAACCUGGCUUCCUUGUGGUAUAAGAAACCUUUUGUUAUUGAUGUAGCGCAUAGUAUGGAUGUCGAUAUUGAUAUCUUCGUUGGAAAUAAUACAUUGCUUGAUCCUGAAAUUUAUGAGAUGUGGCUGUCAGGUCAGCAAGCUUCAGAAGGAGCUACUAUUCUAAUCAAUGGGUCAUUAAAAGAAUUUGAUAUUGACUUCAGCAUGCUUCUCAGUGAUGUUUUAGAUCAUUACAGAACAUUUCAAAUGCUAGAGCGAUUAUUGCAUUAUCCAAGACGGUUAACUGAGCAAUGGAUAUUUCAAAUUGCUCCUAGUAUGCAGCGUAUGUUAAUUGAAAGGUAUUAUGAAUUUGAUGAUACAGUUAUCCGAGAAUUUCUUGGCAAGAAACUGUCUGCUAGAAAUCGAAAAGAUCUUGAUGAUGUCAGUGAGAAAACUGGAAUUCAGAUUAAAAGUUGCAGAAGACAGUUUGAUAAUGUGAAAAGAGUGUACAAGAUAGUUGAAGACAGUAGUGGUGAACUAGUUAAAAGCAUACGGAGCACGUUUUUGCUUUCAGAAUGUCUUGCAAGAAAAUAUGCUGCUAUUGCCUACCUAACUAGUAAUCGAUUUGAAACCAGUAAGAAAAAAUUGCAGUACUUGACUUUUGAUGAUUUUCUGUUUUGUGCUAACUGGAUGAUGUGCAAUUGGUCAUGUCCAAAGCCAGAUUGCAGCUAUGAAGAAACUGCCAUGGAAAUUGAUCGUGAAUUUCUUCAGGACUUGAGAGAACUAAAGCAAAUUUUAGAAAAAGAUACAUUUGAUGAAUUAAAAGCUUAUGUGCUAAGCUCAUUGAGAUCAAAACUGCCAGAUCGUACGUAUUCAGAUCUAGACGCAAAUUUCAAGUCAUUUACUCGAACAUUUGUAAAUAUUGCAUAUGGUUUAAAUCACAGCAAAGAAGUAAGGGAUUUGUUUGUGGAUAUCGUUGAAAAGUUUAUUGAACCUCUGCGGCAAGGUCGAUGGUCAGAAAAAGAUCUUCAAAAAUUUCUUGAGGUAUACACGUCUUCAGCAUCGCAUAUGCAGUUAUUCAGAAGUGAUUCUCAUUUAUUGGAAGUUUGGGAAAGAUAUAUGUCCACAAUGUCAAGUUUCAUUCUGAAAAUGUUUCACCAAUGAGAAAUCAUGCUUCAGUUUUCCUGAAGUGUUAAAUAAGUAGGACCUUGCUGUAAUGAAGCAGAAUAUUUGAUUGUUUACUUUGGAAAAGAAAAUCUUGGUAUAUUAGUUGAUUUGAUACAUCAUUUAGAAUGAUUAGUUUAGAUACUGAACAUCAUGACAAGCUUGAAGAGCUUGAUAUUUCAAAUGUGGUCUUAUAUGGGUUUAAGUUAUGGGUUAGUUGCAUUUAUUAUGAUGAUGAGCGAUUAUUUUCAUUUUUGUUUGUCUAAUAAUUGAAGAAUAAUUUUUGUAGGAGUUAUUAAAACUUAACUAUUUUUAUCUUUGCUCGGAAACUGAUAAAAUAAUUUUGUUAAAUAAUUUUCAGAAAUGUUUGAGUCAAAACUGAAAUUGCUGGAAAUGCAGCAUUCAGAUAUUAAAAAUAUAAUUUUGAGGAAUUCCUUGAUCUUGUUAAAAUUAACUAUAACAGAAUAGCCUCCUUUAUGUAUCAUUUAAAAAACCAGUAUUGCCAAAGUCAGCAUUAUUUUUAAUGCAAAAAUGUCAUAUUUUUAAUUUAAUUUUGUAUGUAUAAUUGAUUUUAAAUUUAUUCAUAUUUUGUGCAUUGCAUGUGUUUUAAUUUGUACAGAGUGAUCCUUGAAAUUUAAAGUUCUUGUGCCCUAAAUUGUUAAUAAUAAAUUGUAAUUUUUAAUGCAUAGUUGGUAUUGAUUUCAGCUUUAUUAAAUCAUUUAUAAGGAAAUUAAUGAUACUGUAUCAGUAGCUUGGAAGCUUAGAUGUCAAUUGAAACAUUUAAUAAAAUAAGUGCAUUGAAUAUUUUAACUAUUUGAUUUUGUCAUACAUUGCCUAUGUUGAUGCAUUUAAUAAUUACAUAUAAAGGAAGUGAAUUUGGUUUAAAUAUGCAUAGAUAUUAAAUAUGAUUUUUUUAAAAAAAGAGUGCUAUUUAAAAGCUUAUAAUUUGAGUUCAGAAUGUUAUUUUGGAUGUUUUAUUAUCUGCUAUAGAAGAGACAGUGAAUCAGUAUUUUCUUUCCUUGUCUAAAACGGUCUCUGCUAAAAUUUGUUUUCCAGUACAUGACAUUUUGGGCUGGGACUUCAUUUGCAUUAAUUAAUUUUGUGGUAUGCAUAACUAUUUCAGUGAUACUUUUGAAUAGCUUCAACAAAAUAAUAUGCAAACAGUCAAGAGAGUUUAAUACUAUGCAUAUAAGCAAUAUAGUAUCAUUCAUAUAAUUUGCAAAUAAUGUAGCCUUAUUAUAAAGAUAUGCAUGAGGCAAGAUGUAUUUUUAUGCUUUGAAGUUUUUCUAAUGCACUCCAAAAUUAUUUGUUUAAAAUCUGGAAAAUGUGUAAAAUUACAUCAAAAUUGCUGACAUUAAUUUUUUUUUAGAAUUGCAGUUUAUGUUUUUUCAUGGCUGUUCAGUAGAAAACGAAGUUGAUUAUUUAUUUAUAAUUAACAAGCAAACUUUGUGAAAAACCUAAUUAUAUAUUACUGUUUAUGAUUAGCUGUAUAUAUUUCCAUAAUCAUGUUUACAUAUUUUUAAUUUAUUUUAUUACCUAUUUAAUAUGUUUUAAUGCAUAAAUGUAUUCAUGACAUUUAGUUGCACAUUUAUUUUUGCAAUGAUUCUUCAAUUCCUGUAUUGUUCUGUUCUAUGUGAGAUGUUGAUGCCAGGAUAAAUAGAGAAAGUAGAGAAAAUAAAGGGCUUAUUUCGCAGACCUGAAUCCUCAUAUAAACAUUGUGAAUUGUUUGUGUCAACAGCAGUUCCUGAACUGAAAGAGAAGAUAAUACUAUGCACAUUCUUGUAUCCUGCAAUUCUUCUAUAAUUCCGAUUGUUUACAUCAUAAAUAAUAAUCUUUUGCUGACUGAGUCCUUAGUUGGUUUUGUCUUAAUGUUUUUCACUGUUCUGUGUCACUGAAGCCAAGAGCUGCCAUUAUUGCAUCACUCUCUUCAGUAUAUGUUACGUAUCAGAAGUGCAUAAACCAGAGUUCUUUCCAUGCCAUAUUUUUCAUUAGCCAUUUCAUGUACCUAAACGUUGUAGAUAAAGAAGCUCUUAAACCUUUAAAUUUGGGUUCUUAACAUUCUUUCCACUUCAGUGUCUCUGUAAGAAAAGUGUUGCAUGUAUAUCGAUAAAGCUUAUCAUUAUUAUUAUUCAUCUAUAGCAGCUUUUCGGCAGAAAUUUUUCUUUGUAUGAUUUAAAAAGCUUAGCGUCAUUAAAAAAUAUACACGAGUCAAUAACCAGUACUUUAGUCUUUAUGCACUUUGUGAAGCUUUUUAAAGUACAGUAUUUAAUCACGUUUUCCCUACUAUCACUUGAAAACCAGGAGUGGAAAAUACGUGUUUUAUACUGCUUAAAAAAAAAGGCUUAAAUGAUAAACAAUGUGCUUUAAAAGAUACACUAAUAUUAUUAUACAGGGUGAGCACAAAAACAGUCCCCGGUUUCGAAAGGGGAUAACUUUAAUACCAAAAAGACUAUCUUGCCAAAUUUUAACUAGUUACUAAUGCAUAAACUU